UCUCAGCGCAACUUAACCCUCUCUCUACACGACGAGACCAGCAAAGCCUGGCUGGAAUCAGACAAACACCGAAACACACCCGAGUCUUACAGGCAGUGCGUUUAUCUGGGUUUGGAUGAGUCGCGGUAUCAUUGUGUAAUCUCGAGUCCAGCGCGCGGAGCAGGAAUGUCCCGGAGGAAACAGAGCAACCCGAAGCAAUUCAAACGAGUGUUUGAAAAUGGGCUUGAGACUGACUCUGAGGAGACGGAGAAGAAAGAGAUCUUGAAAGAAGAAGACGGGUCUGUGGAGGACGACCCGCUUUACUACUCUGACCCAGAGAACGUCGUCUCUAAAGAUGGAGAUCACUCGAGGAACGGUGAAAUGGUCGGAAGUUUAAAGGUGGAACAACAAGACAGUGACGGACAAGAAGAGAGAGUCCAACCAAGCCCACUGACAGCAGAGGAAUGGGACGGCCCCAGUAAGUAA